UCAUUCAUAAGAAAUAUAACUGAUUUGUACAACUAUUUACGUAUUAUACUUGAAAACUUGAUUAGUUAAUACUAAGUGAUCAGAGAUGUCUCCGGAAACAAAAAUAUUCUCAAUAUUUGUAUCUACGACUUGUUUACUACUAUUUAUUAAUAAAACUAUCUACAGUUCAGAGAUAUUCAGAAAUGUAUCGCCAGAAUAUAGCUGGAUAUUUAAUGGUUUUGUCAAUUUACUCUGUUAUUCUACUAUACUUAUACCUGGGUACUUAGCAUAUAGAUAUUUUAAAAAGAUUAACUACUUGGAUAAAGCAGUCGGAAACAAUUGUAUUAUUACAAUUAUACGCAAGUGCUUCCAAGAGGACGUAACCAUAGAAAGGAUUGUCUCACCUCCACAAACUACAUCACAUAGAAGUGAUUGUGAUAAUGCAUUGCGUCUUUUAUUUUACUUUGUAUUUCUUCAGAUAUCUUUGAUUUCCUGGAGUGUUCUACAAGAACAAAUCACUCAUGAGUAUGUGAAUGAGAAGAAAGAAGUUGGCGUAUUUAAAGACUCGCAAUUUUUAGUGUUCGUUAAUAGGAUUCUUUCUUUUACUAUAUCUGGAAUUGUCAUAUGUUUGCGAUGGCAACCAAAACAUAAGUGUCCUAUGUAUAAAUAUGUUUUUUGUUCUUUGUCAAAUAUUUUAAGUUCUUGGUGUCAAUAUGAAGCACUCAAAUACGUGUCCUUUCUUCAUCAAGUACUAGCCAAAGCUGCAAAAACAAUCCCUGUUAUGAUUAUGGGUCGAAUUGUAUCUCGGACGAAGUAUGAAAGUUACGAAUAUAUAACAGCGUGCGUCUUAUCUGUUGGAAUGUUGUUCUUCAUGUGCGAUACAGGAAAUGACAAAGAUACCUCCACAACAAUAACUACAUUCUCUGGAGCAAUCCUGCUUUGCUCGUACAUAGCGUUUGAUAGUUUUACCACAAAUUGGCAAGGUGCUCUCUAUAACCAAUAUUACAUGACGCCGAUCCAGAUGAUGUGCGCGGUGAACUUCUUUUCCUGCUGUUUUACAGCAGUUUCUUUAUUCCAGCAAGGAAGUUUCAUUCACUCAUUUAAUUUUAUGAUCAAAUUUCCAAUGUUCAUAGUUGACUGUGUUAUGUUAUCUAUUUGUUCUGCGGUCGGACAACUUUUCAUUUACAGUACUAUAGCAGACUUCGGUCCUUUAGUCUUUGCCAUCAUUUCUACAAUCCGACAAGCUUUCUCUGUAAUAAUGAGUUGCCUAUUAUUUCAUCACGAGAUGCAUUCGUUGGGUAUAUUCGGAUUAUUCCUUGUGUUUUUCAGUCUUUUAUUUAGAAUCUAUUUUUCUCAUAAAAGCAAAGUUUUGCGAAAGUUAGAUCAAAAGACAUUAUUACAGUGAUUAGUAUAAACUAUUAUAUUAUUGACUACA